AUGAAUAGUCUAUUUAUUAUAGGUAUUCAAAUAGAAACUAGCAAUGUUACUUCAUUAUCUAAUCAUGAAAUUCAAACUGAUAAACCGCAAUUUACAGAAAUACCUAGUAGACGAUUGGCUCGUAGUGAGACUGCAUCAGCAUCAUCAGAAGUGUCAGACAAUUCAAUUUUAAUGGAUGAUUCUCGACGAUCUUCUAGUCGUCAACGUCAAUCACAACAACGUACCUUAAGUAUUUCUUCUAUUACUAAUCUUAUUGCCAAUCUACAAAAUAUACAAUUACCACCGACAUCAUCAUCAUCAUCAUCGUCUGUACAAUCAUUUAUGGAUGAACAAGACGAUGAAAAUGAUAAUAAUCUUCAAAUACUUAUUGAUCUUGCACGAGAUACUGAUUCAACACAAACAGAUAAAAUUAAUCGUCUUCAUUCAUUAAUUGAAGAUUCUAUUGGAAUGGUUGAAUUUCUUAGUUUAUUACGUUUUAUUAAAUCAUCACCUACUCAAAUAAACAUUAAUGAACCUCCUCUUAAUCUUUAUUCAUCUAUUUUACCUGCUCUUAUUGCAUUACUCUUACUUGAAAAUGAUAUUUAA